AUGCGGGCGCCCUUGGGGCAAAUGCAUCCUAUACAUAUCGCAUCCACCUUUUCCACCUCGACCUUAUCCCCGAUCGCCCAAACAUCCGAUUCUAUCUUUACCACUACCGCCAUUCAAGAUGGGUGGCAUUCGAGCUCCUCCUCAAAUCCCAACCCGUCAACAAACAUUGUGAUCAAUAUCAACGAUGGCGGUUCGACGGGGAGGGGUAUUCUUAUUGGUAUUUUAUCGGCGUUUGGCUCAGCGGGCAUCGCUGUCCUUGUUUUAGCGGUCUUUUUCUUCUUUCGCUAUACCAAUCGGGGUCGCAUCCUUCUCGAUAGGAUAGGUAGACCUGGAGAGUUUGAUGAUGAACAAGCAUUUGCCCGAGAAGAGGCGGAAGCCCUCGAGUCAAUGGACGACUUGCAACGGGCCGAGUAUCUGAGGGCUAAAGCGUUCAUACAAGCCAAUCCUCCCGAGACCGUACAAACAGACAUAUCGCUCUCGCAGUUCUUAGCGAUCCAAGAAAAGGGCGUAUCUGCAUGGGAAUUUGAGCCCGAGCUGGAAAUCGCAAAUUGUUUUGUUGAAGGUCGAACCGAAAUUGAGUUCUUUGACUCCGAGUGCAGCGUUCAAAGCAACCUCCCUGUGCCGAAACAGAAUGAGGUUUACUACUGGGAAGCAAAAAUCUACGACAAGCCAGAUAACAGCCUGAUUAGUAUCGGCAUGACUACUAAACCAUAUCCGCUCUUCCGCCUUCCAGGCUUUCACAGAACUUCUGUGGCGUACGUGUCAUCAGGCCACAGGCGAUUCAACCAGCCCUUCAAUCCAACUCCAUAUGGACCAGCCUAUGUUCAGGGUGAUGUGAUUGGAGUGGGUUACAAGCCACGUACAGGCUCGAUCUUCUUCACUCGAAACGGCAAACGCCUGGACGAGUUCGCGCACAACUUGAAGAGUCAAAACUUCUUUCCGACAGUAGGCGCGAAUGGGCCUUGCACGGUGCACGUCAACUUCGGCCAAAUGGGAUUCGUGUACAUUGAGGCCAACGUCAAGAAGUGGGGGCUGGCACCCAUGACAGGCAGUCUUGCUCCGCCUCCACCCUACGGUAGCGAGCAAGGUAGCAUUCUGCUAGAAACUGGCCGGGAAGGCGUGCGUCAGCCAGAAUAUCAGCCGGGCCACUCGAGGACAAGGAGCGGUCUGGCAAGACUUGGCCUUCCUUCUGGCAACCCAGGGCCACUGCGAUCUCCUACUGACAUUUCCCUGGCGCAACUUUCACACAUUCCUUCCAACGAGUUCAGCCCUGCCGCAAGUACGAGCGUAAUCGACGUGGGGGAUGUCCAGCAUCAGCCAGUUGAGAACACGCCAGCAGGACAACAGAUUAUACCACCCCCGGAGUAUUCGAGUCCUACAAGCAGCCAGCGGAGCAGUCAAUCCGAUGACGAAGAAGACGAUGAUGACGAUGACGAGCCUCACAAGCGACAUCGAAACAGGCGUGGCCCACCUAUACCUACGUACGAAGCUGCACUGGGCGAGCCGGGAGGAUCUCUCCGCUCAUGA